UUCCUAAUGCAAAAAAAAAAAUCUGACUCAUAAAAACUAGAUGAAUUUAUAAAUUCAUGAACUAUCUAUUCAUUGCCCAUAUUCCAAAGGAAUGGAUUUAUGAUGAAUGCAUCUAGUGAUUUUUUCAAAAAGGGUUUUUAUAACUUCAAAUGACAGAAUCUCUAGAAGCUACCUUGUUUUUCAUAUGAAGGGUGUUGUUUCAAACGAGGGCAUGGAAACCAGUAAGUAUUGGCUUCUGUUUCUGUUGUACACCUUCCAGAAAUUUUUGACUGAAGACUCUAUGCACUGUAGUUCUUUCCACAGAGUGCUGACUGAUAUUUGAAGAAGUUUUUUAUUUCUCCAAGAAAAAUAUGAUGUAUCUCUCCCAAGUCUCAUUCUUGUUCUUAAAUAUAUGUAUUUUUAUUUGUGGAGAAACUAUACAAGGUAACUGUGUACAGCAAUCUACGCAUUCUUCAGUAGCUAACAUUGUAGAAGAUGUAUCUCAUGGAAAAGAUGAAAGUAAAAGUAAUGAUACGGUUCAUAAGGAAGACUGUGAGGAAUCAUGUGAUAUUAAAUCUAAAAUUACACGAGAAGAAAAACAUUUCAUGUGCAGAAAUUUGCAAAAUUCUAUUAUUUCUUACACACGAAGUACCAAAAAACUACUAAGAAAUAUAAUGGAUGAGCAGCAAGCUUCCUUGGAUUACUUAUCUAAUCAGGUUAAUGAGCUCAUGAAUCGAGUGCUCCUUUUGACCACUGAAGUUUUGAGAAAACAGCUGGAUCCUUUCCCUCACAGACCAGUUCAGUCGCAUGGUUUAGAUUGUACUGAUAUUAAAGAUACUGUUGGCUCUGUCACCAAAACACCAAGUGGUUUAUAUGUAAUCUAUCCGGAAGGAUCUAGCUAUCCAUUUGAGGUAAUGUGUGACAUGGAUUACCGAGGAGGCGGAUGGACUGUGAUACAGAGAAGGGCUGAUGGGAUAAUUGAUUUCCAAAGGAUGUGGUGUGAUUAUCUGGAUGGAUUUGGUGACCUUUUAGGUGAAUUCUGGCUAGGACUAAAAAAGAUUUUUUAUAUAGUAAAUCAGAAAAAUACCAGUUUCAUGCUGUAUGUGGCAUUGGAAUCUGAAGAUGAUACAUGGGCUUAUGCAUCAUAUGAUAACUUUUGGCUAGAGGAUGAAACAAGAUUUUUUAAAAUGCACUUAGGACGAUAUUCAGGAAAUGCUGGCGAUGCAUUCCGGGGCUUCAGGAAAGAAGACAAUCAGAAUGCAAUGCCUUUCAGCACGGCAGAUGUUGAUAAUGACGGAUGUCAUCCCGCAUGCCCUGUCAGUGGUCAGUCUGUGCAGAGCUGCAGUCACCUCAAUAACAACACGGGGUGGUGGUUCAACCAAUGUGGCCUAGCAAAUCUGAAUGGCAUUCAUCGCUUCCCUGGAAAAUUGCUUGCAACUGGAAUUCAAUGGGGCACAUGGACCAAAAACAGCUCGCCUGUCAAGAUUAAAUCUGUUUCAAUGAAAAUCAGGAGAACUUAUAAUCCGUAUUUUAAGUAACUUCAUUUAAAUUGUGAUGCAUGUUCCACAAUUAUUUUUGAUAAUGUAUAAAAGAUUUUACAUAGUUUCUCUUUUUACUGCGUGUUUUAAACAUUUUAGCCAAAAUUUGACUGUAGAUAAUAUCAAGGGAUUAAGAAUGGAAUUAGGCCCUGUCAGCAAGGCUCAGUGGUUGAGCACUGACCUGUGAACCAGGAGGUCACGAUUCCAUCAGAUGCCCCCUGUCAGGGUAAGAGCCUGGGUUUCAGGCUCAAUCCCCAGUAGGGGACGUGCAGGAGGCAGUCGAUCAGUGAUU